AAGGGCCCUUGAGCUUUAGCUUUACAACAACAAGAAGAAGCUAUCUCGAGGGUUGCGGGAAAGAUUUUCUUGUUUCUUUUCAGAAAUAAUUAUGGGUUUCAAUUUUUGUGUUGAUUAGUGAAGUAAAGUUGGGUUCUUUUUUAGGGAAAAAGAAGUUGGGUUUUUGAUGUUUGAGAUAAAGAUCCAAUUUUGAAGGGAGAAAGGGAGUUAUCGAGGGAUGCAGACAGAGGCAAGAGUGGGAGUGGUAGUAGAGGGAGGACCAAGGGCUCUAAAUUCACAGCCGAAACAGCACAAGCCAUUGCAGCAACAGUAUCAGCAAUCACAGAUCGGGACAAUUUCGCAGCUUGUAGCUGGUGGAGUUGCGGGUGCACUAAGCAAGACUUGCACUGCACCUCUUGCACGCCUCACUAUACUCUUUCAGGUGCAAGGCAUGCACUCAGAUGUUGCGACAUUGAGGAAAGCUAGCAUAUGGCAUGAGGCUUCCCGAGUUAUCAGAGAGGAAGGAUUUAGAGCUCUUUGGAAAGGGAAUCUUGUUACAAUUGCUCAUCGGCUACCUUACUCGUCUGUCAAUUUCUAUGCAUACGAGCGCUACAAACAGGUUUGCAUAAACACUUUUCUACAUAUGAUUCCUGGCCUGGAAAUCCAUAGAGAAAGUGCAGGUGUAAACCUGUUCGUCCAUUUUGUUGGUGGUGGUUUGGCAGGAAUAACAGCAGCAUCUGCUACAUAUCCAUUGGAUCUUGUGAGGACACGCCUUGCAGCUCAGACAAAUGUGAUCUAUUACAGAGGUAUUUGGCAUGCCUUGCAAACAAUUAGCAGAGAAGAGGGUGUUUUUGGCCUCUACAAGGGACUUGGAGCCACCCUUUUGGGUGUUGGACCCAGUAUAGCUAUCAAUUUUUCAGUCUAUGAGAGCUUACGAUCUUUUUGGCAGUCCCGCAGGCCCCAUGAUUCUACUGUUGCUGUGAGUUUGGCUUGUGGUAGUCUUUCAGGCAUUGCAUCUUCAACAGCAACAUUUCCGCUUGAUCUUGUGAGACGAAGGAAGCAAUUGGAAGGAGCAGGUGGACGGGCUCCUGUUUAUACCACAGGUCUUCUUGGUAUAUUCAAGCAAAUAAUCCAGACUGAGGGUUUCCGGGGUCUAUACAGAGGCAUUAUGCCUGAAUACUACAAGGUUGUGCCUGGUGUCAGUAUCUGUUUUACAACAUAUGAGACUCUAAAAUUGCUUUUGGCAGAUGUUACUCCCACGUUAUAAAUGUCUCUGAACAUCGUCUCCUGAAGUUUGCUGGGCGUAAGAAGGGAUGGGUGGUUGAAUUAUCACGUAGCGGAAUCCUCCCAUCUUAUUUCUUGGAUUUUUUCAUGGUGCAUAAUUUUGUUAUGCUAUCAUUAGAAUGCAUUUUUCCAUGUAGAUAUGCUAAAACCUAAAUCAGAUUUCAAGUGUACUCAUCAUAGUUCCCACAGUUCUAAAAGAAAGCAAAACUAACGGUGAUCACAUUUUUUAUUUUCAGUAG